UCUCGUAGGUCAUAACCAACUUCUCUCAUGCAAAAAGCCUGUCCUACAGUACAGAUAAUCCCAUUCUUUCUCUGAAACCCUAGUCCAUUAGAAGAUAUAUGUACACAUAUAGAUACAGAUUAUACAGAGAGAGCUUUGGUUUUCACUGCAUUGAUGAAGGGACUCUUCAAGUCGAAGCCCCGGACUCCAUCGGAGCUCAUUCGUCACGUCCGCGACCUCCUCAUCUACGCCGAUCGCAACACCGAGCCCCGCCAAACCAAGCGCCAAGAAAAGAUAAGUGAAUUGUGUAAACUUAUUCUGGAGAUGAGGACAGUUCUUUAUGGCGAUGGUCAAUCAGAGCCGGUAACUGAAACUUGUGCACAGUUGACAGAGGAGUUCUUUAAAGGCGAUACGUUGCGCCUCUUAAUUAUUUGUCUUCCUAAACUAGAUUCUGGGGCCCAUCAAGAUGCCACUCAUGUGGUUGCAAAUUUGCAAAGACAAUGGGUUAAUUCACGGUUGAUUGCAUCUGAAUACAUGGAGCAGAAUGUAGACCUUGUGGAUAGUUUGGUACUAGGUUAUGAAGACUCUGACAUUGCACUAUCUUAUGGUGCACUUUUGAGAGACUGCAUUUGUCAUCAAGUUGCAGCAAGGUACACCUUAGAGUCAGAGCAUAUGAAGAAGUUUUUUGACUAUAUACAAAGUCCAAAUUUUGAUAUAGCUUCAGAUGCUGUGGCGACUUUUAAAGAGCUUUUGACAAGGCAUAAAUCAACUGUUGCUGACUUUCUUUCCAGAAAUUAUGAGUGGUUUUUUCAAGAAUACAACUCAAAGUUGCUGGGAUCUCCUAAUUACAUCACCAGACGGCAUGCUGUCAAGCUCCUAGGAGAUAUGUUACUUGACCGUUCAAAUGCUUUAGUGAUGGUGCGUUAUGUGAGAUCAUUGGACAACAUGAGGAUUCUGAUGAAUCUACUCAGGGACUCAAACAAGACAAUCCAGUUAAAUGCUUUUCAGGUGUUCCAGCUAUUUGUCGCUAAUCAAAAUAAGCCUGCUGAGAUAGUCAGCAUACUCAUCACAAAUAGAGGCAAGCUCCUCCGGUUCUUUGGUGACUUCAAGUUUGAUAAAGUGGAUGAAGUAUUUGAAGCAGACAAAGCUCAAGUUGUCAAAGAAAUUGCGAUGCUUGAGCCCACAAACAAUCCGUGCGCAGAUUUAGACAAAUGUGACAUUCCUUGUUAACAGGCAUGUAAACUAAUUUUAUUUAUUUUUGGUGUUAAAAUUCAAUGUAUAAAGAGAAAAUAGAAAAUUGUAUUACUGAUUGAUUGUAUUGAUUAUAAGAUUUAUUAAUUACAAUUCCUAUACAAUCUAUAUAUAGAAGAAAAUGUGGUAGUAGGUGUAGUGGAGGUGAUAGUGGGUUAGGUGAAGUGGAGUGUGUGGUGAAGUGGAGGUAGGUGAAGUGGA